AGUGGAAAACAAGCAUUGCAGAACAAUGAGAAGGAGGGAAAGAAGGAGCGAGCGAUGGUGGACAGAGUGUUUAUUGCAAGGAUAUGUCGAAUCCUGAAAAUAAUGGUCCCUAGAACACUUUGCAAGGAGACAGGCUAUUUGCUGCUUAUUGCUGUGAUGCUGGUGGUCCGCACUUACUGUGAUAUUUGGAUGAUUCAAAAUGGAACAGUCAUUGAAAGUGCUAUCAUUGGCCGCAGCAGAAAAGAUUUCAAGAAAUACUUGUUCAACUUCAUUGCCGCGAUGCCUGCUAUCUCUCUAGUGAAUAACUUCCUGAAGUAUGGUCUAAAUGAAUUGAAACUUUGCUUCCGAGUAAGACUUACCAGAUACCUCUAUGAGGAAUAUCUUAAAUCUUAUACAUACUACAAAAUGGGAAAUCUGGACAACAGAAUAGCUAAUCCAGAUCAGCUCCUUACACAGGAUGUGGAAAAAUUCUGUAACAGUGUAGUGGACCUGUACUCAAACCUUAGCAAGCCCUUCUUGGAUAUAGUUUUGUAUAUCUUCAAGCUAACAAGUGCAAUAGGAGCACAGGGUCCAGCCAGCAUGAUGGCAUACUUGAUUAUUUCAGGGUUUUUCCUUACACGUCUAAGGAGACCAAUUGGCAAGAUGACUAUUACAGAACAAAAAUAUGAAGGGGAGUACAGAUAUGUCAACUCACGGCUCAUUACAAACAGUGAAGAAAUUGCUUUUUAUAAUGGAAACUUGAGAGAAAAACAGACUAUUCACAAAACCUUCCGUAAACUGGUGGAACACUUGCAUAAUUUCAUCCUGUUUCGGUUCUCUAUGGGUUUCGUUGAUACUAUCAUUGCCAAAUACCUUGCCACUGUGGUUGGUUACCUGGUUGUUAGUCGUCCAUUUUUGAACCUGGCUGAUCCUCGUCAUCAGAACAGUACUCAUGCAGAACUUCUAGAGGAUUACUACCAAAGUGGAAGAAUGUUACUGAGAAUGUCUCAAGCUUUGGGCAGAAUAGUCCUAGCAGGUCGUGAAAUGACAAGAUUGGCUGGUUUCACAGCUCGAAUUACAGAAUUAAUGCAGGUUCUGAAGGACUUGAAUAGUGGCAAAUAUCAGCGUACGAUGAUAUCACAAGAAAAAGAUGCAGAGAAAAAGCAAGCUUUGUCUUUGGUACCUGGAUCUGGAGAGAUUAUCAACACCGAUAACAUUAUCAAGUUUGAUCAUGUUCCAUUGGUGACACCUAAUGGAGAUGUUCUGAUACAAGACCUUAACUUUGAGGUUCGAUCUGGUGCAAAUGUGCUGAUUUGUGGGCCAAAUGGGUGUGGGAAGAGCUCACUGUUUCGUGUUCUUGGUGAGUUGUGGCCUUUGUUUGGUGGGCGUUUAACAAAACCUGUUAGAGGAAAGUUGUUCUAUGUUCCCCAGAGGCCCUAUAUGACUCUUGGAACGCUCAGAGAUCAAGUUAUAUAUCCAGAUACUUUGGAAGAUCAGAGAAAGAAGGGGAUUUCUGACCAGGUGCUGAAGGAGUACUUGGAUAAUGUCCAGCUGGGCCAAAUCCUGGAGCGUGAAGGAGGCUGGGACAGUGUUCAGGAUUGGAUGGAUGUACUCAGCGGGGGAGAAAAACAGAGAAUGGCUAUGGCAAGGUUGUUCUAUCAUAAGCCACAGUUUGCAAUUCUGGAUGAGUGCACCAGUGCUGUUAGUGUUGAUGUGGAAGGCUACAUUUACAGCCACUGCCGCAAGGUUGGCAUCACUCUCUUCACUGUCUCCCACAGGAAGUCACUCUGGAAACAUCAUGAGUUCUACUUGCAUAUGGAUGGCAGAGGAAACUAUGAGUUCAAGAAAAUAACUGAAGACACAGUUGAAUUUGGAUCUUAAAGUCACGAACUGAACUGCUGCAGAGACUGAUGAUUACAGGAAGUGUGUAGAAUGUCAGACAAUGUACCAUAAAAUUACUCAGCUUGUUAAGCAUUUACUAUUAUGUAGGAUAUUGCUAAUUGUGUAUAUGUUGGUUUAAUUAUUGAUAUGUACUAAGAAUGUCCUUAUUCUUGUGGUUUAAAAACCUGCCUAAAUUAAAUUGGGCUUAAAUCGGUGUAACCUGAUUCAUCCUGGGAUGCAAACCAUUUGAAAUCGGCUGGUUUGACUUUUGUAGACCUUCUUUCCCUUCAGUGAAAAGCCCUGUUAAAAUUAGGGUUGCUACCUCUCUUGUUCCUGCAAAGCAGUCUUGGAUUUUCACUCUGUUCUAUGCAUAUUUCAGAGUGAUUUAGCAUGGUGCAGGACAUUGUCCCAUCUUCAGAUCUGUGCCCUGGUAAAUGAAAGAGCCUUUUCCUUGUCCAAGCCUUGUGAUGUAGCCAAUGUGCCCUUGCUGAUAAAGGAUGAACUGAAACUAAAAGACAAAACUAAUUCCUUCUGAUGGUAAAAACCAAAAAGCUUUAGCUUGUUCUUUGCUGGGCUUU